AUUCUCUAACUCUGCCGCUAGUUUCAAUUUACAUUAUGUCACUAAGCUGACCACUUAAUAUAUUUGCGCGAGUAUUCAGCAGUUGUUUUCGCUGCGCUGGCUUCUCACUUCGGUCUGGAUAUUUUGUAUAUCACAGUAUAAAUGCCGAAGAGUAAGUUCAUUGAAGCAGGUCCAAGAAAACGUAAGCAAAGUUUGAGAAAUGAUGAACCUAUCUCUGAGCAUCCUAAACGUGAAGUAAACCACAAACCACACUUGUCAGAUGGUUUACGUCACUCAAAACUCAGAAACCGUACUAGCCAUGAACGGUCGUUUCUGGCAGAUUUUCCUAUUGUAAAUAAAUUCCCAAAGUGGUUUAUUCUAUCCGCUUUAUGCAUAUCGAUCUUAAGUUUUUUGAUGAUGCUUGCAUCCCGUCCACUGAUGGUUUGGUAUCAGAGGAAACAAGUUAUUACUCCUCUUGAUCUACCGAAAGCUAUACCGGAUGCCUCAUUGAAUGAACGGUCUCACAAUUUGUUUUGGGGAAGUUAUCGGCCUGGAAUUUAUUUUGGUAUGAAGCAUAGAAGCCCUAGACCUCUUUUGUUUGGAGUUAUGUGGACAGUUCAAGAUCCAAAAAUAUUUUCCUACCGUCACUCAUGUGAUCAGUUUGAUGGAGUUUUAAGCUACAACUGGUUGGAGCAUGAUGGUCUUACUUUUGGAACACAACAAAUAGUAGAUAUUUAUCAUGUUAUCACGAUAUCUUUUAUUAAACCAUCUUCUGACUUUACGGAGAGUGACUGGACAGUAAGAAUUUCGGCAUCUGCGCGAAAUCAUACUUCUAUGAAAUAUCCGUUAUCGGUAGUUGUCUACUUUUAUUACCCUGACGAAGAAAACAACUUCUUCAUGGAACCAGUAAUUUCUGGUAAAAAGAUCAUUGGAUUACAAGGUAGUUCAAUGGAGUUAGGUGAUUAUUUUGCUUUACUUCAUCCUACUUCUCGUAAAUUACAAGAGAGUUCUCUGAUAGCUUAUGUACCUAGAGAAGAUGCAAUUCAACAGACAAUGUUUACUGGUUUAGGAAUCAGAAAAGAUAGAAAUUUCUUAACAUUAACAGACUUUGCUAAGAAUCAUGAUCGAAAUCAACCUUCAAAUGCAUGGUUUUAUGAAAUAACUACAAAUCCCAAUGAAAAUCAUCAAACGAUUCUGGAAGUUGAAUUUCUUCAUCCACAAAGUUCAUUUGGGCGCAUGCAUGGAAAUAAUUUCUCUGAAGAGUUAUCUAGACUAUCGAAAAGUUUUCAUCAACGUUUUGUUGAGAGAUUCAGUGUGGACUUGACGAAAUUUUCCGAUAGACAGGCCAACUUAUCUAAAAUUGCUGUGAGCAAUUUACUUGGUGGUAUUGGUUACUUUUACGGCACAUCGUUAGUUCGUUCAGCUAAUAUUGGACCAGAACCUGUAUCUAAUUGGCCAUCUGGUUUAUUUACUGCCACACCAUCUCGCCCCACCUUUCCACGUGGAUUUUUAUGGGAUGAAGGAUUUCAUGGUUUGAUAUUAGCACGGUGGGAUCCGAAUCUCGCAAUGGAAACAGUCGGUUCAUGGCUCGAUCUAAUGAAUGUUCAUGGUUGGAUUCCACGUGAACAGAUCUUAGGUUGGGAGGCCAGAUCAAAGGUUCCAUCCGAAUUUGUUGUUCAGUCCUCUGAUGUUGCCAAUCCACCAUCUUUGAUUUUAACUGUUGAGGCUUUGUUAGAUCGUUUACCUCGAUUAACUGUUGCUGAGGCUAACGAAUUUCGUCGUUGGUCUAUGGUAGUUCUUCCAAGGUUGCAUGUUUGGUAUCAAUGGUUCAAUACUACUCAGUUUGGUCCUGUCCCUCUGUCAUAUCGUUGGCGUGGUCGCAAUCCUGAUGAAAUUCAUCAGCUAAACCCUUUAACUUUAAGUUCAGGAUUAGAUGAUUUUCCUCGUGCUUCACAUCCAACUGAUGACGAACGUCACAUUGAUUUACGUUGUUGGAUGACUUUGUUUGCUCGUGUAAUGUCAAGGUUGGCUUCUGUUGUUACACAGUUCAUGCAAACAGAUCAAAGUAGUCAAUCAAAGUUAGAAGAGACUCGUUCAUUGAUUACACAAUAUACCCGUUGGGCAGAUAUCUUAUCUGAUCAAAGUGAGCUGGAUAGACUUCAUUGGUCAGAAAAGCAUGGCCGCUAUGCGGAUUAUGGUCUGCAUACAGACUUUGUUAAACUGGAGAUGCCUGAUAUACCUGUGGGAUCACAACGUGUUUCUAAUGAGCAAAUGAAAUUGGUACGAGUAACUGCAGAACCGCCAUCACUGCAGUUAGUUGACACUUCAUUUGGAUACGUAAAUUUAUUCCCACUUCUAUUAAAAGUCCUUUCGCCUACAUCACCACGACUUCCUCGUUUGUUAGCUGACCUGGGUAAUAAAGAUCUGCUGUGGUCUGAAUUUGGAUUACGUUCAAUCAAUCUGAAGUCUCCUUUCUAUCAAACACACAAUACCAAGGAUGAUCCACCCUACUGGCGGGGUGCUAUAUGGAUAAAUAUAAAUUAUUUAGCCGUACAGUCACUACGUUUCUACUCUAAUCAUCCACGUACACCUGCACCUGUCGCUACAGAAGCUAAAAGGCUGGCCGAACAACUUACACAAAAUUUAGCACGUACCGUACUAGGUGAACUUGAACGAACAGGUUACUUAUGGGAACAGUAUAAUGAUCAAACUGGAAAUGGUCAACGUGGUCAUCCAUUCUCAGGAUGGACGAGUUUAAUUAGUUUAAUAAUCAGUGAUAAUUCUUAACUUUUUUGUAUGUUAUUUUUAUCAUUUUUGUACGGUGACUUAAUGUUGUACAUCUUUUUUUUUGUACGUAUUUUACUUUUAUGUUGUUAUUCUUUUGAUCUGAUGAAUAAAUAAAGUAUUUGAAUGGA